AUGGCGGAGCCACAUUUCUUUGGCGACGCGGACGUGACGCCCUUGGCCGCCGCGGCCUUGGCUGUCUGGCUGCUGAUCUUCCUGUGGCGAAGUUGGAAGCUGCUGAGGCCUGCAAGCGCAUGCAGUGAUGGCUUGGAGUAUGCCUUGGCCUUACGCUCGGCAGCGGUCUACGUCCUGGGAAUCUGCUCCGUUCCGCUGUUGUUUCCAUGUCGAAGCGCGCCAGAGGAGCCUGUGAGUAGCUGGGCGACUUGCUCAAAAAGUCCAUAUAGCUUCAUUCCAACGAAUUUGAUGCGUAUCUUCCACAUCCUGCCCUUUUGGUAUGCAUUUCUGGUGACGCCAUAUCUGGGCGGCUUGGUGAAAUCGAUUUGCGAUGCCAUUCUUGGCGUCUCUUUAGGCCUUGUUGCGGUGAGUUUUUUGAACCUGAUGCUCCCUGGUGGAGCAGCUGGGCCUGAAUAUCUGACUUCAGACUACUUCGAGCGAGCCUGGUUGCCGUUUAGAUAUAGCACGCCUGCUGCCUUUUCACUGGCCUUGUGCCUUACGUAUGGCCUCUUCGUAAGCAACUUGAGCGUUGCCAAGAAGCAGUAUGCCAUGUGCAUCUAUUCUGAGUUGCUGGUGCCCUUUAUGAGUCCACAUACCCGAACGGGCUUCCGUGCCGUGUGCUGGGACUGGGAUUUCCAGUGGAAUUGGAACGGCUCCGCCAUGUGCGGAUUUUGGUUGGUCUCCCUAGCAGUGCUGCUCUCCAUCAUUACUUUGGGGAUGCUCCCGACCCGCCGUUCCAUCGAGACGCACACGGCCAAAUGGGCCUCUGCAUUAGCCCUUGCCCAGCUGGCAGAGGAUACUGCGGGAUGUUUGGAGUACUUGAUGACCAUCUUGCAGCAGGAAGCCUGGAAAUUCCAAUUUCACGCGGACAGCUCCAACUUUUACAUCAAGCAUUUGGGUCUGCGGCGGACACGGGCAGAAGCCAUUCUGGCUCUGACUCCCUGGGAACCCAAAGAGUCCAAGAAUCUGACAAAGGUGGCGAGUUUUUUGAGGCAGCUCAGACAGUUGCUUCGCAUCCAGAGUGAGCAGAUGCGAUACUUCGGACAGUCCAUGCCCAAGGGGAAGCAGUUGAAAUUGGAAGAUUUUCUCCUCGCUUGCAAUGAUGGCCUGUCUCUGGUCGCCCGUGACUGUCGCUCCAACGCAGACUUGACGGAGGAGACGUGUGAAGAGCUGAAGCGCAUCGCAGAGAAAGCGGAUGAGAUUUUGAUCCAGACAUUGCGGGACAUCGAGGACGAUCAGAUGGCCUCCAUUCAGAUGGCCUUCGUCGACAAGCUCCGCUCCUGGCCUGCGGCCUUCCGCGCCCUGGGCGGCGUCACAUCGGGCGCUUCGUCCGAAAGCAACGAGACGUGGAGCAACCGGAACUGGUUUGCUCUCAGAAAUACAACGUCUUGGUUGUUGGCCCUUCUAUGGUCAUUGUAUUUUCGAAACUACAGCUGCGGAUGUGUGGUUGCGACCUCUCUGAUUUUCUCCCAAACCUCCGGAUCCUCCUUCGAAGUCAACAUCAACAGAUUGCUGGGCAUUUGCAUGGGAUUGGCUGUGGGCAACAUUCCCGCCUUGUUGAUCUUCAGCAGUACUGAUCCUGCUGCAGACCUUACAUCAGUGAACUAUUUGCUGCGCGUGUUUAUGUACUUUGUGGUGAUGUUCACUACUUGGACGUUGGCGAUCUUUGGCUAUUUGGCAACGGACUCGAAAUACUUCCGCGCGUGCCUCAUGUGGGCUGCAUUAUCUGGAACAGAGAUGUUCCGCCACUUGCCGCGUGUCGGCAUGUUGGAUGUGCAGCUCUUUACGGCGAUCCUGGACAACGUCUUGGCCGUCAUGGUGGUGUUUAUGGUGGACAUGGUGUUCGCCUACAUGCAGGGCAACGAUGCUUCGGAGCAGGUGAAGGCUGCGGUGACCCGUUGUAUUCAGCGGAUCGCAACACAGCUGGAUACCCUGAAGGCUGGUGCCCCGGACUUCGGGAAUCAGGAAGAAGACCAAGGUGUUUAUGGAAGGAACGUAGCUAGGUACUUGGCGAACUUCGUGCAGAGCGUUUUCAACACCUUGCAGGAAGAGAAUGUCCCCGUGCAGGGCGGAACUUUGGUUGUCUCCGGGGACGGCCGAUUCUGGAACCCAGAGGCGAUCCAAAUUAUCAUCAAGAUGGCCUUCGCAGCGGGUGUGGCGCGCGUCUGGUGUGGCACCAAUGGCCUAUUGUCCACGCCAGCCACUUCGGCCGUGAUCCGUAUGCGCGGUGGCAAGGGCUAUGAACCCUUUGGAGGCUUCAUUUGUUCCGCCUCGCACAAUCCUGGUGGCAUCGACGAUGAUUUUGGCAUUAAGUACAACUGCGAAAAUGGAGGCCCGGCACCUGAGAAGCUGACGAACAAGAUGUUGGAAUGGACCGCCAAGAUCACGGAGCUGAAAAGCUGCAGUAAGCUACCUGAUUUUGAUCUCUCCAAGCCGGAGCUCUAUGAGUUGCCCGGGGGGAAAUUCGUGGAAAUCUUCGAUUGUGUGUCAGAUCACCUGGCCGUGCUGAAGAAUUGCUUUGACUUCGAGGGUAUCAAAAAGCUGAUUGCUCACCCGCAAUUCAGUAUGACCUACGAUUCCAUGUGUGGCGUCCAGGGCCCCUAUGCCCUCCGGGUCUUCGAGAAGGAGCUCGGGGCCCCACCAGGGACCUGCAAAAACGCCACGCCGCUGCCGGACUUCGGGGGGCCCUCCUCGGCCUGGCAUGGCCAUGCGGAUCCAAACCUGACCUAUGCGGUGGAGCUGGUGAAAGAGAUGGGAUUGAACAAGGAGGGUAACAAGGUCGAGACCGGCAAAGCCAUCCCCUGCUUCGGUGCGGCAGCGGACGGGGAUGCAGAUCGCAACAUGAUUUGUGGCGCGCAGUUCUUCGUGUCGCCCAGUGAUUCUCUGGCGAUGAUCGUGGCAAAUGCCGACCUCAUCCCGCAGCAACUUGGCGGUGGAGCAGAGGUUCAAAAGUGGUUUGAAGGGAUGUGCCAGAUCAAUGCCAACCUCAGCUGCAUUGGAUUUGGUGGCCAAAAAGAUCCUCGGAAAAACAUUCCAUGCUUCGAAGUUCCCACGGGCUGGAAAUUCUUUGGGAAUCUGAUGGACAGUGGCACCAGCUAUUUCCCCGGCAAGGAGACCUACACUCCCUUCAUUUGCGGCGAAGAAUCCUUCGGUACUGGCGCAGACCAUGUGCGCGAAAAGGACGGUAUGUGGGCCGUGAUGGCGUGGCUUCAAAUCUUGGCGAAGAAGACGGAAGCGGCUGGAAAAUUGGUGAGCGUAGAGGAUGUUGCCAAUGCUCACUGGAAGGAGUAUGGUCGCAACUACUAUGCUCGAUACGACUAUGAAGGAGUUGACAAAGCCAAAGCAGAGGAGAUGUUUGCUGCCAUGGAAGCGCAGGUCGGUCAGCUGGUGGGCAAGGAGUUCCAAGGUGGUUUGAAGAUCAAGAUCAACGACAUGUUUGAAUAUGUCGACCCAGUUGAUGGCAGCAUUUCGAAGAAGCAGGGCCUACGCUUCAUUUUUGAAGACAACUCGCGGAUCAUCUUUCGAUUGUCCGGCACUGGUGUGGCAGGUGCGACGGUGCGCUUGUACCUGGAGAAGUACGAGCCACCCACAGGCGACCUCACGCAACACCAAUUCGAAGUCGGACAAGACUUUUUGCUGACAAGGGGGGGCUGUUUCCCUCCCGCGUCAGUGCAGGGCAUCAGGGAGCUGCAACUGGACACCUUGCAGCGGGACAUCAAGGACGCUCGCUUCUGGGACUCUGAGAUCCAGAAGGAAGGCUUGGUGUGGACGAGACUCUGGAAGAAUGCCUACAAGGCCGAAUCGGUGCCCGCACUGCUGGAUCACUUUGACGAGGUCUACGUCUGGCUGAAUGCUGUGCAGAACAGUGGCAGUCGCUGUGACCCGGAGUUGGCUGCAAAGAUUGUGCGGGAUCUGCCCAAGAGCGUGGUUGAAAGAUGCCACACCUUCGUCCGAGCCAUCAAGCUGGUGCUGCAGGGCUUGGAUGACUCCCUGCAUCGCGAACUUCACCAUCUGUUGGAGGGCUCCAAGAGGGACUCUCCGGAAAUGGGGAUCUCAUCCCAAAGUAUUUGUAACAUGCUUCAAGGGGAUGCUGCAGAAGGCACAGCUUCGGACAUGGAAAGCUCUCCAGCUGAAUCCCACCCUGAUGAUGUGGCGCAGCGUGCUGCGGCGCACGCCGUACACCUCAGUGUGAAAGCGCUGAGGAUGACGUUGCAAAAGAUUGGAGGUUUGCUUGCUGCUGGUUCUGCCUUGGCUGCCAAAGACUGGGGAGUGGAAGCCAGACGUCGAAAUGCCAAGGGCGAACAAAGUUUCACCAUGGAUGACUUCAUGGUGCCCAAGAGCAAGAGUGGCGACCUUCGUCGGCGCUUGCGGAGCAGUGUGAAGGCUUUGGUACUGGCACUGGAACAAAGGCGAUUCAAGGCGGGCAGAAGACCAGCCAAGAAAAGAGGUCAGAAAGAGUCGCCACAAAAGCAGGAAACGGAUCCACAGGUCAACGUCACCUUGAAGGAUCUCCGCGUCGAGGCCAAAGAGUUGAGACGCGCCCAUCGCGCGGUGUCCGCCUCUGAAACCAAGUCUUUGGGAGGCUUUUGGCACACCCCAUCCCCCUGCCGGCAGCGGGAGUUCGUUUGUCCGGUUUGUGGCUCUGGAGGAGGUGUCAGCUUGACGCCAUUGGAUGUGAGUCAUCAGUCAGCUGAUUUCGAGCGUUUGGAACUGGAAAAGGCAAUUCUGGAGAAGAAGGCGAUUGGUUUGCAAUGGAAACUUCGAUCGCAUGACCAGGACAUUCUCGAUCUACAGGCCGAUUUGAAGGGAGCAUAUGGUCUUUGCCAAGAACUGCAUGGUCAGCUGAAGAAGCAGACUGAUGAAUUCCAAAGUUUCAUGGUUGGCGUUCGCGCAAGCAUAGGACACUGGACCGCUCACCAGCAUCAACUGAAGGAGGAGAUGGAUGAGUUGGCAGAUCAGUGUGCACCAGGCCAUGCCGAAGUGGUCAAGUUGGCUGAGGAGCUUCAGCUGGCAAGACAAAAGCUACAGGCUUCGCAAAGGCGAAAGAGUCGCCGUGAAAGCACAAAGCAACACCAGGCAACCAUCCAGGCGUUGCAGCUUCGCAUCCGUGAGUUGGGGCACGAGGCGAGCUGCAACAGAGUGGAUUGA